UAUGUUCAAUAGAGAUACAGGAUCUGCCGCCGCUGCCCUCUCCCUCCAAGUAUCCCACAACGAGGGCAUCUCCUACCCAACGCUACGAUCUGAGCCUUGUCUUACAGACACUGAAUUAGCAAAAUGGAGAAUGCUGAAGCCCAUGCUUCCAUGGAAAUCGAGGCACUAUCUGAACCUAAUAACGGAUCUGGGUCUUUGCCACCUAAGCCAAAGUUUGAGCCUUUGAAGGCUCAUGAGAUGUCUGAUGGUCGUGUCCAGUUUAGGAAGGUUCCAGUUCCACCACAUAGGUAUAAGCCCACACGAAAUAAUUGGGAGGCCAUUUAUGCUCUUGUGUACAAUGAUAUGAAGAUUGAUAUCCGUAUGAAUCUCAAGGCUCGGAGGAUUGAAUUGAAGACCAGACCAGACACACCUGACAUUUCCCAUCUGCAAAAAUGUGCUGAUUGUCUUCAUGCAUUUAUGUUGGGUUUUGAUUUCGAUGAUGCCAGGUCUCUGGUGAGGAUCGAUGAGAUUUAUGUGGACUCCUUUGAAAUUAAGGAUGUUAAGACAUUGAGAGGAGAACACUUGUCUCGUGCUAUAGGAAGACUGUCUGGUAAAGGUGGCAGAACAAAAAAUGCUAUUGAAAAUGCUACAAGAACAAGGAUUGUGAUUGCGGACACCAAAAUUCAUAUAAUGGGUACUUUUGCCAGCAUCAAAGUUGCUAGAGAUUCUCUUUGCAGCCUCAUUUUAGGUUCCCCUGCUGGAAAGGUAUACUCCAAACUAAGACAAGUGAGUGCUAGAUUGGCAGAAAGGUUUUGAUGAAUCUGAUUUUGUGUAUCCUAAAGAUUUUGCUCGAGUUAAAGGUUCUUAAUUUAUGCGGAAUUUAUUUUGACAGCGUUAUUUGGCAUGAAAAUUUUAUUGGAAGGCUGAGUCAGUUUUGAUAUUAAACUAUAAUUUGUAGACAGCUCAUUAUGAAAGUCCAAACAAUGUGCCCAUGGUUGUGUUUGUAUUCUCAUUUAAUUGGAUUUGAUCAAGGAAUGUAUUUGGAAUUCCA